UUUAGAUUUUCUCUCAUAUCUCUUUAUCACAAAUCCCUAACAGAUCUCAAGUCACCACCACUGUUUGUUCUCUUCUAGUUUUCCUUUCUAUCUCUCCUAUUUUUCAUAUAUGGAAUAAGAACAAUUGUUGAUGAGCGAAUUCUACAUGGAGAACUGGGAUUUGCAAGCAGUAGUUGGAGGAAGCAGCAAUGGUGCCUGUAUCCCCGACAUGGAAGACCCACCAUAUAGUUUUGAUCCUUGGAGUUUUCAACAAGAAGACCUUAUGAGUUUCCCAGAAAUUUUUGGAACAAACCCUACAAUUUUAGAUGAAUUGGAGGAACUUUACAAGCCUUUUUAUCCUGAGUUGAAUCCAUAUUCCACACAAACCAUCAUUACCAGUUCCCUACCAGUCCCUCAAGAUGUGGACGAACAAGAGAAUCAAAAAGGGCAGCAAUCUGUUUCUCAGCCUGCUAUUUCUGGUACAAAUAAUGAAUCAGUCAAACCUAAAAGAUCCAGCCGGAGGAAUCAACAAAAUAGAGUGGUGCAGCAUGUAACAGCUGAUGGUCUAUCAUCGGAUAUAUGGGCUUGGAGAAAAUAUGGACAAAAACCCAUCAAGGGUUCACCAUAUCCAAGGAGCUAUUACAGGUGCAGCAGCUCAAAAGGAUGUUUGGCAAGAAAGCAAGUAGAGCGUAGCUGUUCGGAUCCUCGAAUCUUUAUCAUAACCUACACGGCUGAGCACAGCCAUGGCUACCCAACUCGCCGAAGCGCGCUUGCUGGAAGCACUCGCAGCAAGUCAUCAUCAGGAGUAACUAAAAUUCUUGCCAACAAAAAAGAACCCCAUGAAGCAGCAGAAACAGUUAUUUCUCCAACAACCAUUAAAGAUGAGUCCGUGCAACAAGAGUGCAUAAAAAUGGAGGAAUUACAAAUGCUUGAAGAUGGUGAUGAUCAAAGGGACAAAAUUCUCACGCCAGACAUAAUGUUGAGUGACGAACUAGUUCAAAGCUUAGAGAAUUUUGAGGGUCUCUUUCCAGACCAAUUUCCCGAUUUGUCUCAUGAAUUAUGGUCCAUGAAUGAAUUUGCAGCCUCUUAGGUAGCUAGACCGGGCACAAAGCCAGCCAUGUAACAAGAAAAUUGCACUUCUCUAAGAGGCACCACGUUUUUUUGCUUGGUUUUGUUUAUAUAACCUUUCUUUUGGCACUUUCAGUUCCUGUAAUCCAUCUUCUUGCAAGAGGUUGCAAGUAUAAUAGUGAUAAAAAAAACUAGAUUUAUGCAUAAAAAAUAUUUUUUUUGGUUACACUAAAUGAAAUGGAAAU